CAGUUUGUUUUGGGAGUAUCUGUAGAUGCACCAGCUUGGUGCCAUCUCUUCUGGCUUCACAAGCUCGCUCUGGGUUUCCUCAUGUCGUUUACUUCCCAUAACAGGAGCUUGAGAAAUCUCUUGCAUUUCUCAACUAAUAGACAUCUAUUAGUUUGGGAUGUCUCACGGUUUCUUUUAAAUCCAACUGGAAGUAAUAUUUCACUGUUUCAGUGAGCAUGUGCCCUUCUGUGGCAAUGUGCUCUAUUGCAGGGCAGAUGAUUCUAGUUUGAUCAAUAAAUUAUGUGGGUUUUGUUCCUUAGAUUCAUGAGUGAACUGAAUCAACAGAGGUGGUGAAUGGCAACACUGAGUCUCUUCAAAGAUGAUCAGGAUUGCAGCAUUGAAUGCCAGUUCCACUGUUGAAGAUGACCAUGAAGGGACCUUUAAAAGCCACAAAACACAGACAAAGGAGGCACAAGAAGCUGAAGCAUUUGCCUUGUAUCAUAAAGCUUUGGACCUUCAGAAACAUGACCUCUUCGAAGAAUCUGCCAAAGCUUACCAUGAACUACUUGAAACUCGCCUCCUGCGAGAGGCAAUUCCAUCUGGUGAUGAGAGGGAGGGCUUAAAGCACCCGGGCUUGAUGCUAAAGUAUUCUACUUACAAAAACUUGGCUCAGCUCGCAGCACAGCGCGAUGACUUUGAGACGGCCAUGGAGUUCUACUUGGAGGCUGUAAUGCUAGACUCGACAGAUGUCAACCUGUGGUAUAAGAUUGGGCAUGUAGCACUCAGACUGAUGCGCCUGCCUCUGGCACGCCAUGCCUUUGAAGAAGGACUCACCUGUAAUCCAGACCACUGGCCUUGUUUAGAUAACCUUAUUACAGUUCUCUACACACUCAGUGACUACACAACCUGCUUGUAUUUCAUCUGCAAAGCUCUGGAGAGGGAUUGCCUGUACAGCAAAGGGCUGGUCAUCAAAGAGAAGAUCUUUGAGGAGCAGCCAUGCCUCAGGAAGGACUCCUUGAGGAUGUUCCUCAAAGGUGACUUGUCAGUCCACAAUGUCAACGUGAGUCCGUCUGAGACCAGAACGAUCAUCGAGGAAGCUCUGGAGUUGCGCAGGAAGAGGCAGGCACUCUUGGUGCGAAAAAGGGACCCAGACCUGAAGCUUGUCCAGCCCAUCCCCCUUUUCACGUGGAAGUGUCUUGGGGAGAGCUUACUGGCCAUGUAUCAACACCUGACCACUUGUGAGCCGCCUCGGCCCAGCCUGGGCAAGAGAAUUGACCUCUUGGAGUACCAAGAUCUAGACCAGCACUCUGAUGUCGCGGCAACUUCCGCUCCCAUCAGUGUUAUACAGCCCAACCCCGUCAGCACCAAUCCCCAGAUGCCUGUGACGGAGCCACUCCUAACAUACACACCAGUGACGCCCGUCUUUCCCAGUCCAAAUGUUCUGGAAUCAGUCAGUCCUGCAGGGGAUGCCUCUGUGGGCGACAGAUCAAAGAAAGGGGUGAAGCGGAAGCGAAUCCCCGAAGACAGCGGCGAGACAGCCAAGAGGCGAUCAGCUCGGGUGCGGAACACCAAGUGCAAAAAGGAGGAGAAGGUGGACUUCCAGGAGCUGCUGAUGAAAUUCCUUCCUUCACGUCUGAGGAAACCUGACCCAGAAGAAGACGAGGGUCCUUUCAGCAGCUACGAGGUCCAGUCUGAGGCCAAGGAGGAAAAUUUCCAGCACGUGGGCACCCACAGGAUGCCGUGUGACCCAACAACGUGCAUGGAGUACGAGAAGCAGGAUGUUCAUAACUUCCUCUUGGCUAACUUGAACAACGGGGGCAUCCUUGAGUUGAUGAUGAGGUACCUGAAAGUGAUCAGCCUGAAGUUCCUUGUGAAAUGGCCGCCGGGCUUGGCUGAGGUUGUGCUGAACAUCUACAACAGCUGGAGGAAGCACAGCAGCAGCCUCCCCAAUCCGCUGCUGAGGGACUGCCGCAACCAGCACAUCAGGGAUAUGAUGCUGAUGAGUCUGUCCUGUAUGGAGCUGCAGCUUGACCAGUGGCUGCUGACCAAAGGGAAGACCUCAAUGGUGUCUCCAAGGAGCGGCCCUGCAGGCAGCUCUGUAAAUGGAAAGUUUGGCCCUGAUUUCCCUGGCAGCCACUUCCUGGGGGAUCUGCUACAGCUCUCCUUUGCCUCUUCUCAGCGAGACCUCUUUGAGGAGGGCUGGCUGGAGUUCGUGGUUCGAGUGUAUUGGCUGAAGGCUCGCUUCCUGGCCCUGCAGGGGGACAUGGAACAGGCCUUGGAGAACUAUGACGUCUGCACAGAGAUGCUCCAGAGCUCUGCUGCAGUGCAGGCCAAAGCUGGUGACAAGGGCGUGGUGAUCCGGUUGCCAAAUCUCCAUGUGGACUCUGUGGUCUCAUUGGAAGAGAUUGAGAAGAACCUCAAGUCCCUGGAGAGAUGCCAGUCCCUGGAGGAGAUCCAGCGCUUGUAUGAGGCCGGCGACUACAAAGCAGUGGUGCGUCUGCUGCGGCCCACCUUGUGUUUCAGCGGAUACGGCCGGACGAAGCACCUGGAAUUUGUCAUCUCCAUCCCGGAGAGGCCAGCUCAGCUGCUUCUGCUCCAGGAUUCCCUGCUCAAGCUGCAGGACUACCGGCAGUGCUUUGAGUGCUCGGAAGUUGCCCUGAACGAAGCCUUUCAGCAGAUGAUCAACAUGACAGAGGCAUCUGCCAAGGAGGAGUGGGUGGCCACUGUCACGCAGCUGCUCGCGGGGAUCGACUGCUCCCUCUCCUCGGACAGCAGCAGCCUGGAGGAGCCGCCAGCCUUGCAGAGCCUGGUCCGACUGACCAGCAACCUCGUCCAGAUCAUCGACUGCAGCAUGGCUGUCCAGGAGGAGCCCAAAGAGCCCUCUGUGUCUUCGGUGCUUCCCUGGGUUAUUCUUCACAGGAUCAUUCAGCAUGAAGAGGACACCUUCCGCUCCCUCUGCUGUCAACAGGAGGAGCAGCAGCUGCAGAGCCAAAAUGAGGAAGCAGCUCAGACUCUGGACACUCCUAUGCUGCCCUCUUCCCUGAUGCUUCUGAACACGGCUCACGAAUACCUUGGGAGGAGAUCGUGGUGUUGUAACUCAGACGGAGCCCUUCUUAAAUUCUAUGUGCGGGUGCUGCAAAAAGAGCUUUUGGCCUCUACCUCCGAGGACACCCAUCCCUAUAAGGAGGAGCUGGAGACGGCUCUGGAGCAAUGCUUUUAUUGCCUGUAUAGCUUCCCCAGCAAAAAGAGCAAGGCUCGGUACCUGGAAGAACAUUCCACGCAGCAGGUGGAUCUGAUGUGGGAAGACGCCUUGUUCAUGUUUGAAUAUUUCAAGCCCAAGACCCUUCCUGAAUUUGACAGCUACAAAACCAGUACAGUGUCUGCUGACCUGGCCAACCUUCUGAAGAAGAUGGCCACCAUUGUCCCUCGGACAGACAAGCCUAUGCUGAGGAUAGAGGAGGUGUCUAGCUACAUUGAAGGGACUCAGAGCAAGGUGCCAGCUCUCCCUGAGGGUGCCGACUACUCUCCUCCAGUGGUGACAGAGCUGUACUACCUCCUCGCAGAUUACCACUUCAAGAACAAGGAGCAGUCUAAGGCCAUCAAGUUCUACAUGCAUGACAUCUGCAUCUGCCCUAACAGGUUUGACUCUUGGGCUGGCAUGGCGCUGGCUCGAGCCAGCCGGAUCCAAGACAAGCUGAACUCCAACGAGCUGAAGAGCGACGGCCUCAUCUGGAAGCACGCCACCCCUGUUCUGAGCUGCUUCAAGCGAGCCUUGGAGAUUGAUGGCUCCAACCUCUCCCUGUGGAUAGAGUACGGCACCAUGUCCUAUGCCUUGCACUCCUUCGCCUCCAGGCAGCUGAAGCAGUGGAAGUUGGAGCUGCCAGCUGAGGUCGUGCAGCAGAUGGCAGAGCGGCGUGAUGGCAUGCUGGAGACGGCUAAGCACUGCUUCACUUCGGCGUCUCACUGUGAGGGCGACGGAGAUGAGGAGGAGUGGCUGAUCCACUACAUGCUGGGGAAGAUUGCAGAGAAGCAGAAGCAGCCGCCUGUGGUCUACCUCCGUCACUACAAGCAGGCAGGUCAUUUCCUGCACGAGGAAGCGGCCAGGUACCCCAAGAAGAUCCACUAUCAUAACCCACCGGAGCUUGCAAUGGAGGCCCUGGAGGUCUAUUUUCGGCUUCAUGCCUCCAUUCUGAAGCUUGUGGGGAAGCCCAACUCUGGGGUGGAUGCAGAGAUGCUGGUCACGUUUAUGAAGGAAGCUGCCGAGGGGCCUUUCGCCAGGGGGGAUGAAAAGAACACCCCCAAAAUCACUGAAAAAGAAAAGCUCUGCCUGGUGGAUGACGACUCCCACUCCUCUGCCGGGACUGUGCCGGGCCCAGGGACUUCCCUCCCCUCCUCAUCCGGUCCAGGUCUGACUUCCCCACCCUACACAGCUACUCCAGUUGACCACGAUUACGUCAAAUGUAAAAAAAACCGUCAGCAGGCAACACCGGAUGACCGGAGUCAGGAUAGCACAGCGGUGGUGCUCUCUGAUUCCAACUCCACUCAAGACAUGUUCACUGAGGUGGCCAGCUCUCAAGACAGUGCAAAGAAGCCUUUUCCAGAGAGGAGGCCUUUUGUGUCUCCUUCAGAAGCUGUUGCCACCACUGCUGGCAAAGAGGCCCCAGGAACUGCAGAGGAAAGGGGGAAGUCGGAGGAGCAGCCCUUGGAGAGCUCAGAGUCCUGCCACGUGGCUGAGCAGAAGCUGGACCAUCAGGCCCUGCCGCCCGGGGUCCCCCCCAAAGCCCCUGCCCCCUCGCUUUCCCAGUGGGAUACCAAGCGGCGGGCUGUGCCCAGUGGGGAGCAGUUUCCCCAGAGCCUCCCUGUGGACCUGGAGGAGCAGCGUAAGUUCCUGACGGAGCACUGCAUCACCUCCUUCCGCCUCUGCCUCAGCCGCUUCCCUCAGCACUACAAGAGUCUGUACAGGCUGGCUUACCUCUAUGCCUACAGCACAACCCAUAAGAAUCUUCAGUGGGCUCGCGAUGUGUUGCUAGGCAGCAGUCUCCCAUGGCAGCAGCUGAAGCACAUGCCAGCACAGGGUCUCUUCUGCGAGAGGAACAAGACCAAUUUCUUCAAUGGAAUCUGGCGCAUCCCCGUGGAUGAAAUUGAUCGCCCUGGUAGCUUUGCCUCUCAUAUGAACCGCUCCAUCGUCCUUCUGCUCAACGUCUUGUCGCAGCUCAAGGAUUACAACACCCUGCUGAAAGUCUCAUCUAUGCUGCAGAGGACCCCCGACCAGGGAAAGAAGUACUUGCGGGAUGCAGACCGCCAGGUCCUUGCCCAGCGUGCCUUCGUCCUCACAGUGACUGUGCUGGAGGACAUGCUGAAUGAGCUCACCGAGGUCUCCGAAGAUCCAGACUCCAAGUGCUGCAGCUUUUUUGCGUCCAGGAUGACGACCGAUGUCUCUAACAUAGCAAAUGCGGAAGAAGGACAGGAAGCCCUCCCGCAAAAGGCAGCCUUGUCUGAAGGCGGGGUGGCAGCUUAUGGUGCAGAGAAUGGGGUGAAAGAAGCAGCCCAGGGGGUGCAGCAGCCCCCCACCCCCAUGGACACAGCAGAGCUACGGGAGGCAACCCCUGAGGGAGAAGCAAAAGAGGCUCCCCAGCCGGGCUCAACAGAGCUCAUGGACUCGGAAGGAUAUUCUGAGGAUCCUGAAAAAAUGGGCUCUUCCUAUGGAUGCCCUGAUUCGACCCGAGGGUUGCCUGGACGGAUUCCUAAGGACAAAAGCUUAGAGAGCAGCCGGACAGCUGAACUGUCCUUGGAGGACCUAAGCAUCAGCUCUAAGCACCAGCAGUUGGAGGUGGCCAAAGUCCGUGUCCAGGCAGCUCCGAUGGAGGAGGUCAGCCAGAGGCCAAGCCGGAAAAGGAAACUGAUCGAUGACACAGAGUCGGGGAAGACCCUCCUCCUGGAUGCUUAUCGUGUGUGGCAGCAGGGUCAGAAGGUCAUGACUUACGACCUGGCCAAGAUCGAGAAGAUCAUGUCUGACACGUACAUGCUCAUUAAGCAAGUGGAUGAAGAAGCAGCCUUGGAACAAGCUGUCAAGUUCUGCCAGGUGCAUGUGGGGGCCUCUGCACAGAAGCAAGCUACAGGGGAAGCACCGACCACUCCAAAGCACCCGAAGGACAGCAAAGAGAUCUGCUUCCCAGCUGCCCCCGCCUCUCUGACGCCUCCUGCCGGGACUGCCUACUCCCUGGCUUCAGAGGCCCUCUUGAGAGCAGCAGCUGACCUGCAGGCCAAGCCCAAGACAGCUUCUCCCCCAUCCUCCUCUUCGUCUUCCUCCUCCUCCUCCUCUGCCAGCGUGCUGCUACUGCUGCCACCCCAGGAGCAAACUGGGGCAGAGUGUGUUGAAGAGGCCCCUGUUGUCUCCAGCCUGGCCUGUGAGGAGGAGGAGGAAGAAGAAGAAGGCAAGCUAGACCGGCCUCUGGAAGGAGCAGACUUGCAGCAGCAAGAAUCCCACCUCUGCCAGCAGAUGAAGAUGGCGACAGUGGCCCCCUCGUCCAAUUUGAUGCCCUGGCAAGUGGAGCUGGAGCCCGUGACCAGCACCAGCGUUGGAGGAGGGCAGGUCUGUGGCCGAGCCUCCAGCUCCAAGGCUCACCUCUGCUCUGAAACGCCACAGCCCUCCGCGGGGAGCAAGGCCGACGCCAGCCGCAUCAAGACCCGCGUGUUUCCCAGCAUGCCCAAGCUCUUCAUCCCCUCGUCCGUCACCAAGUUCCCACCCGAGAUCACCGUCACCCCCCCAACCCCCACCCUCCUCUCCCCCAAGGGCAGCAUUUCAGAAGAAACCAAGCAGAAGCUAAAGUCUGCUAUCCUUUCAGCCCAGUCUGCGGCAAAUGUGAAGAAAGAGACCCUUUGCCAACCAGCGCUGGAGAUUGUAGAAACCUCAAGCCAAGAGUCUUCGCUGGAGAGUGACUCUGAUGAAGAGGAUGACUACAUGGAUGUCUGAGGAGUGCUGGGCAGGUGGCUCCGCCCUCCCCUCCCCUCCCUUCGGCUUCUCUUUCCAGCAUCACAGCCACCAGCUGUUACCACCUUCAGUACUGCUGCCUCUGCUGUUGCCUUUAACUUACCUGGCAGCCGAAAGCUCACCACUGUCACCCCCAAGCCAAAUCUGCACUUAAAUCCUUCGGCACCUCCUCACUCAUUUCCCCCUCUUUAAAUGGACGGCUUUUACAGGAGGCAGCAGCAGCAUUUGGCUGGCUGGCUAAGCAGGAGAGACUGGACCGACCACCGCAAUGGUCUUGCCUCCUUUGUUACUUUAAGCAAAACCGUGGCUUAUUUUAUCUCGGUGUUGUCUUAAAAGGACCAGGCAGGAGAGACAGCUGGCAACCUCACUAGGACCGUGCCUCUUUGGGGACCAUUGGACAAGCGGUGAAAGCCAAGAGUUCGCAGGGCACCUUUGGUCUUAUCAGGAAACGGAUUUCAGUACCAUUUUGGUAAUGUCUGCUUUUUACAGAAUGACACAAAGAAGGGUAUAUGUUUGUUUUUUAAGUAUAUAUAUAUAAAUAUAUGUGGAGGGAUUGCUCACAUUUAUAUGGGGAACAUAAAGGAAGCCCGGCAUUUUUUUCUACUGAAGGUUAACAUUGUAAUAUAAGGAAUACAAACCCUGCACUUCAAUAGUGGGCUGUGUUGUGCCCACAGCAUGUGUCACAGAGCUUGCCAGGUGGGAUUUCAGUUUCGGGGGGGGGGAGGUGGGAGAAGACAAGGGUUAAAUAAAUGGUGCAGUGCAAAGCUUUGUAAUAAUAAAUAUACAUUUUUUAAAUAAAGUGAGAACACGUUUCUCCCAAGCCUCUU